AUGAGUGCAGUCGUCGCCAAAGCCAUUCACAAUGGUGGUGCCCUCACGUCCAAUGAAGCCCACCUCCUAACGGCUGGGGUCGUCCGCAACCAAGCCGGAUGGCUCCUGGCUGAACGGGUUCGACUCAGCGCCGCGGACCGCGAUCUCACCCACAGGGCGGUCUCCGCUGCGAUGACCGAUGAGAUGAAGGCCGCGCGGACCAGUGCCCAGGCUAACGCGGCAGCCGAGGCCCUGGGCGACGACGACGUCCGCAAUAUCCGCUAUGCGAUGCGUGUUCUCUGGCAGGUUCACGUUCUGAAUUUCCCCGAGGCGACAGUCUGUGGCCUGGUAUUGGUCUACGCGGAUGGGCGCGAGUGGGCCGACUUCAAGGCGCAGAUCGAAACGGCCAUCUACCACGGGUUGCAUUACACAGCGCUAUCUCCCAGGCGAGGCAAAACGGCGACCAUAUCGCCAUACCUCGGAGCAUGGACUUUUGCAUCAGGCGGCGCGUCACUCGCGGAAUGCAGAGGGAGAGCCGGAUGGGAUCUGGCCACCUCCGGCUCGAUAUAUGUGGUUAUAUCUACUCUCUUCUUUGUCAGUAGAAAUAGUGGGACAAUGGUGUACCAAUUGCAGACUUGCCAUUUCUACAACAAUCAAGAUAUCUCUAUCUUACUGCGUAUUGUAACCUAUACACCAGCACAAACAGAAUAA